GAGCUGACAAACAGGGGGAGGAAUAUUUUUUGUCUCGUAGACAGAUGAUAAGAGGAAAAGUGGCUUCACAUUAAAAAGUUUAAAAGCUGAUAGUUCUGAAACGUUUUUAAAAAAUCAUUUUCAAAAGUGUUUCCUAAAGUUGCCAAAUUUCCGCUUCCAGUUAGAGAUUUUUUCUGACGCUAUCUUGCAUGUGGCGUUCACCUGGGUCGCUUAUGUCCAGGGCAACCAAACCCUAAAUCAAUUUUUUUUUGUCUGUGGACCUUCAUAAAUGGGGCUUUUUUGAGAUAUUAAAAUAAACUUGUUUAAUUCCUGAAAACAUAGUCAAGAAACGUAUUUUUGCUGCCCCCUACAGGUUGACUCGAGGUAUUACAAUUGAAUUUUGUGAUUGGUCUACGGGUGUAAGUCUUAGGAUUUCUGCAUCAUCAUGCUCUGAAACUCCAGUACAAAAGCAAGAAUCAAUAUUUGAUUCUGUUACUAUAACUCCCCCCUUCUACUCUGCCCUGUUUGGUUACCCUUUAAGCUCACUGAGGGUAGUUAACUUACAGACAAGUAAAGAUGACAAGCAAAUGGAAUCAGGUGACAUGUGGAUGGGGAAAACCCCAAAACCUGGAAAAUGAAGACCUAAAAACAAAAUCCCUAAAACCAAACAAAAAAAGCUGUUAAAAUAGUGCAAACCUCACUAUAAAAAUUAAAAAAUAGUCAGAAGUUUGAGGCAAAUUUGUUUAGAUCUGAAAACUGUUGCAUUUAGCUUAUUUUUUCCAAAAAAAUUCUUAAGUUGAAUGUUUAUUUUAGAUAAUUUAGUUAAAAUACUCUAUAAUAAAAACACGCAAACAAAAACAGCACAAAGGUGAUUCAAUCCUAGAAUUUAAAAAAAAAAUCACCAUUUAUUGAAGUGUCACAGCAAAGCUCUCGAUUUCCCCUCAUAAUAGUCGGAACCUCCGCAGUUUCCUGCUUUCCCUUUAAGCGGCGCGUUUAUGCAACCAGCGCUCACCUGCCGCGUUCAGCACCAAGGACAGCGACCCGGCCAGCGCUCGGCGGACCGACUCCUCCCGCACCCCCGCACGGCGGUCCCUGCGGUCCCUGCGGGCAGGGGGCACGCUCCUCCGGUCAUCACGCGCAGAUGGAGCCGUUUCCUCCCCUAUCACGUUACUGCGGCACCGGUGGUCUCCGCAGCUCUCGGGCUUCCUCGAACGGCAUGGCGGCAGCUCCACGCGCAUGAAAGACGCAGCGGAGCCAGAAAUCUGCAGAAAAUCUGCUCCCACUCCACGCCCUGCCAUCCUCCCCGUUAGCUGCCCGGCACCAUGUCUCCUCCUGCGUCGGCGGCGGCUGCCAGUGAAAGCAGCACGACCACCGUCCUCGAGGAGGACACCAGAGAGGAGCAAAGACCUCUGAAGCAGUCUCUGAGCAAAUCCUUUUGCCGGGAGAGUUUCUGGAAAUGCCUUCUCCUGUCUGUUCUCAUGUACGGCUGUGUGGGGGUGAUGAUCUGGUGCCAUGUCACCAAGGUGACCCGCCUCACCUUUGACAGUGCCUUCAAAGGGAAAUCCAUGAUGUACCACGACAGUCCCUGCUCCGACGGCUACAUCUACAUCCCCCUGGCUCUGCUGGGCAUGCUCUACCUGGUCUACCUGGUGGAGUGCUGGCACUGCCACGUGAAGAACGAGCUGCAGCACAAAGUGGACGUGGAGGGCAUCAGCGAGCGCAUCCAGAGGAUGCAGCAGGCCAAGCCCUGCAUCUGGUGGAAGGCCAUCAGCUACCACUACGUCCGCAGAACCCGACAGGUCACCCGCUACCGCAACGGGGAUGCAUACACCAGCACGCAGGUGUACCACGAGCGUGUCAACACACAUGUAGCGGAGGCGGAGUUCGACUACAGCCACUGCGGGGUCAAAGAUGUUUCCAAACAGCUGCUGGGUCUGGAGAAGUCUCCUCUCACAAAGAUGCGGUUCACUAAGUGCUUUAGUUUUGCCAAUGUGGAGUCGGAGAAUUCGUACCUGACUCAGAGAGCUCGGUUUUUCACUGACAACGAGGGUCUGGACGACUACAUGGAAGCCAGGGAGGGCAUGCACUUGAAAAAUGUUGACCUGAAGGAGUACGUCAUGGUGCUGUCUGACCCCGAGCACCAGCCCUGGUAUCUGUCCCACUACGUCUUCUGGUUUGCUUCUUUCCUCACCUUCUCCUGGCCGCUCCGAGUGUUUACUGAGUACCGCACUGCAUACGUUCACUACCGUGUGGAGAAGCUCUUUGGGCACGACUACAUCCCCGUGACCCCGUGUGACGACAGGCCUUACUGGCGCCGGAUCCCUCGCGUGAACACCAUUGACAGCACUGAGCUGGAAUGGCACAUUCGCUCCAACCAGCAGCUGGUGCCCAGCUACUCUGAAGCGGGCCUGAUGGACUUGGCCCAGUGCCCGUCCGGCUUCAAUGGGCUUCGUCAGAAUUGUGAGCGCUGCCACCGAGCGAUCAGCUGCUCCUCCGUGUUCUCCAGGAGCGCCCUGAGCAUCUGCAACGGCACCAGCCCCCGCAUCCCCUUCAGCGGCAGCCGCUUCUCCUUGGCGCGCCGCUACGGGUCCCAGCGCAGCUGCUUCUGGAGGAGCGGCAGCCUGGACGACCAGGAGAGCCCCAGCGAAAACACCCGCUGCCUGUCCGAGCGCCUCACCACAGACGACGAGGAGCCUCCGGACUAUCAGGACGCUCACUGCUACCCGGUCCUCAUCAUCCACUGCAGUGAGAACUGCCACAAUCACAGAUCCUUCCACAGAAACGGCGCCUGCGUGGAGACUUCUUUAUGACCACAGAAGCUCUGGUAAAAGCGUAGCGUCGCCUCGGUAGCAGGUCGGCACACAGAGCAUGCUCAAAGGUCUGAAAGCCACAUCCACAAACUCAUAAUCGUAGGAAACAACUGCCUGAAUCCUUAAUGUGGGAGUCACCAAAGCAAUAACAGGAACAAAUCCAUGAAAGAGCUUUUGUGGAAAAAUGUGUCUGUCUGGCUUUUGGUGAAACCAAGGAGACUAAGACUGUUACGCUAUACACCAUAACUUUACAGAUCUCAUUGAAACGCUACCGUUACCUCAGAGGAUCUUUGUCGUGACAUCAUCAUCAACAGUGGCUCCACCUCCUGAAGUACAGCAAUAAUGGGAUGUGUCUGGAUUCCCGCACUACUCCUUAAAUGUGCAGAGUUGUCCAGAGGCCUGGAAUUUAACUCAACCUUUAUCUUAAACAGCAAAUAUGGUGUCACCCUUUAGCCGAAGUAAAAAUCUGAUAAAUAUGAACAUUUUAUACAUGUUCUAAUGAUGAAAACGUGAAUAAUUUAUACAAAUGAAAUUUAAAGACUGUUUUUUUUUGGUCAAACCAGGGACGGAGCUAUGAGGGUUAAGGGGGGGCAGCUGCCCCACCAGCAAAAAGCUUUGCCCCCCAAUUUUUAAAGGGGCAUCUGGUCACAUGCAGGCUGGACCAGAAACAAUCUCUAACCGGAAGUGGAAAUUUCCUAAACUUUAGGAAACCCUUUUAAAAAUGAUAUUUUAUAAACUUUUCAGAUCUAUCAGCUUUAAAGCUUUUAAAUGUGAAUAAACUGUAACUGUUUAGCACGGAGGUGUCAAACUCAAUCACACAGGGGGCUAAAAUCCACAACACACCUUAGGGGGCCGAACAAGAUAAACAUCCAUUAAACACACUAAGACUACAUUUAUGGGACUUUUAAAAAGUAGCUUUUUAACAUUACUAUGAAUAAAAAACAGGAAUAUUAUUCCAGAAUAAAUCAACUUAAACUUUAAAUAACUUUCAGUAUUUUA